AUGACAACCAUUUGUGUCAAGCAUUUAUAUGCCAAUUUUCGAGAUGCUAGCCACAGGGGUGUGGAUCUGAAGGAGAAAUUGUGGCAAGCAGCCACAACAUACACCAAAAGGGACUUCGGAGUUGCUAUGGAGGAGCUAAAAGCCCUCAGUCAGCCUGCAUAUGACUACUUGAAAGUCAUAGACCCAUCACAAUGGACUAAAUCAUCGUUUAACACAUUUCCAAAGUUUGACCUGGUAGUGAAUAAUCUCAGUGAAUGUUUCAACGCGUAUAUUCUGCAAGCACGAGAUAAGCCAAUUGUGACUAUGGUGGAGACCAUACGGAAGAAACUGAUGAGGCGGUAUCAAUUGAAAAGGGAAGUAAUUGAUAAAUGGGAGAAUACAAUCACACCUUGGAUAGUUGCAAAGUUUGAACUUAUGCAUGACCUGUCCAUCUAUUUUACUCCAACAUAUGCAGGAUGUGGUCAGUUUGAAAUCCAUAAUGCUAGCAGGCAAUAUGUGGUUGAUUUGGAAAAGAGGACCUGCUCGUGUUUGAGAUGGGACAUGACAGGUCAUUUCACAACCUCAAAUGUUAGAGCCUUCAUAGCCUUAAUAGCCAAUAACCCAAUCUAUGCAGAGGAUGCUCUACUGGAGUCGCCUUCACACCCAGAAUGGAAAACAAGUCCUACAGGCCAAACUAAUCAACUGCAAGCUCCUGUGGGUCGUGUAAAGAUGUUGGCCAAACAACAACCCAGCAAGCAGUCUGCAAGACUUAUGGGCCACCACUCAUAG